CUAGCAUAGAUAUUGUUUGUUCAUAUUAUGUAUCAAUACAAAGCGUUUUUAUGUUUCUUACAUUGUUAAACAAGUCUUGUAUUUUCAAUGGUACAAUUUGACAAGUAAUUUACUGAAAGUAACUAUCUUAUCAAAUGUAUCGUAUGCAACUAGGAAUUUUUGACUGUUUAACCUAUCUGAAAGCAGCUUUAGUUUAUGUAUAAUAAUUCCAUAAAUUCUAUCCUUAAUUUUGUGAUCGAAUUAUAAGGUAACACACCGGAUAAGGAUAAAUUUAAAACUAACAAUCGACCAAAUCACAAAUUCUACCCUAAAUGACUCAGUUGAAUUUCCUGUUGUUUGCCCUAGCUUCUAACGGACCAGUCCAUAUAUUUAAAGUUGUGUUAUGAUUGGUCGACUGUUUUAUUUACCAUGUAAUUGGUUGAUUUCAUGUGCAUGUGAUUGGUCAAAUAAAUUAACUUGUUAUAUAAAUUGAUAGAAGGAUUUAGGGAAAUUCAUCGAGAAUAAUGUCUACCAGCGUUGUGACUCCCGUGUUCCCAGUCUCUUGUUUGACAGAUCCAUUAUAUGAUGCAGUUUUGUUACUGAAUGAUGAUAUAGAAAAUUUACCAAGAACUUUACAGCUGGCUUAUAAGUCUUUGAAGGAGUUCUCUGAGGUUAAUCCUAAGUUUUCAGAUGAAGUCAGUGUGAUUCCAUUCCCAGAACACCCAUCAAAAAGAUUAAUUUUUAGUCCAACUGGUCGGUUAAAUACAGAUGAAGCGGACAUUCGUAGUGUGUAUGAUGCUGCUGUGAAUGGCAUGUUAAAAUUGUUAAACAUAGGUUGUAAAUCACCGCUAUUAUGUUGUGGAUCAUUCAUAUCAGCACAGAAAGAUUCUCAAUGGUCUGAACGUAAUUGUUUAUUAUUAAAUGCUGUAUUGGGAGCAUAUCAUGCAUUGUAUACACCUCUUGAAGUUCGUGAAAUGCUCCCUGAGAAAUUUCCUAAAGCUAUUCGAUUUGGGGUGAUGGAAGCUAAUGACUCCUUACUAAGUAUUGCUAAAGCUAUUGAAGAAGGACGAACAUUAGCACGAGAUAUUGGUGGUUCGGAUCCUGAACGAAUGGCAGCCCCGAAAAUUGCUGAAUACUUACAAAAUGCUUUAAAUGGUCUUAAAGGUGUUACAGUCACUGUCGAUAAGGUUGAUGCUAAGAAAUACCCAUUAAUGGCAGCGGUAAAUAGAGCAGCAUCAGUUGUACCUCGUCAUGAUGGGAGAGUUGUUUAUGUUGAUUAUAAGCCGUCGAAUUCCAAAGAGAUCGAUACAUCAUUAUUUCUUGUCGGUAAAGGUAUCACUUUUGAUACUGGUGGAGCUGAUGUUAAAGCUGGUGGGAUUAUGGCUGGAAUGCAUCGAGAUAAGUGUGGUGCUGCAGCAAUAGCUGGUUUAAUGAAAACUAUUGGAUUACUGCAACCAGAAGGCAUAAGUGUUUCAGCAGGUUUGGCAUUUGUACGAAAUAGUGUUGGAGCUGAAUCAUAUGUUGCAGAUGAAAUAAUCAUUGCACGUUCUGGACAACGUGUACGUAUUGGUAAUACAGAUGCUGAAGGUAGAACGGUUAUGGCUGAUUUAUUAUGUGAAGCAAAGGAAAAGGCACUUACAGCUAAAAAUCCAUUCAUAUUUACUAUAGCCACAUUAACUGGACAUGCUAUUCGAGCUUACAAACACUUCACGGCUUUGAUGGAUAAUGGUCCAGCACGAGUUAAAAAGGUCUCAUAUGAAUUACAAAAUUCUGGUGAUCUAAUCUCUGAUAUUGCCGAGAUGAGCAUCGACUUAGAGUAAAGCGUCACGACAUAUCUUCGUUUAUAUCAGUACAUUUAGACAAUGUUGGAUGCAAACUGCAAUGGGAAAUCUUUGAAAUUUCUGACAUUUCUAACAUCAGAAUAUUUGGAAACAACCGAUCAAUAUAUCGCAAAAGGACUUAGCGUAUCAACCAAUUACUAAAUUCGUAAACAACUAUAGGAUCGGGGUUCAGACCAAAGGGGAAGACAAUGUAAGUGUGCAAGCAAUAACAAGAUUAUUGUUGACAGCAACCAGUUAAAAUUAUUGUCGGCAGAAUAAGUCAGUCAUUUAAAGAGAGAUUUCCUAAGGUUUAAGUUACUUAUUUUGUUGAAAAAGACAAUGAAAGUUUUAUGUUUGAACUAUCCAACUAAAAAAACACAACAACUCUGAGUGAUUUCAUAUGGUGGCCAAUCUGUUCAAGUUUCUUUGUACAUGACAAAAUCAGGGACUAUUGAGUACAUUACUCGUCAUCACUUAUCGAUAAAUAAGAAUAUGGAAGCGGUAAGGAAAUUCACUAAUUAUGUUUUCUAUCACUUUAGAUUACAAUCUAAUCUCACUUCUUCUGUGUCAUUUAAUUAAGCGGAAUUAUACAUACAUACACAAAUAAUUUGUACAUUGUGCCAAUAAACGUGAUUGAAAUCUCUAGCUUUUCCAAUCAUACUAUAAUAAAAGUAUGCUUUACUGAUGACCCUCGGUGACUUUCAAAAUGACCUCGUGAAAAUCAAUUUUCAGCCCACCAUAAUGUAGAUAAUAUACAUGUAACUUGAAAGCCUAAAAUAUGUUGGGGUUAGAAUAUGUAAUUUGACUCAUUGGUAAGGGCGUGUAGUGGGGUUAAACGAUAAGAGUAAUUAUUAUUCUUAUUUAAUGUCUGAAUGGGUGUAUUCCGUUUAAUUAUUAUUUAGCGGAAAAUACCUUUCAGGCACAUGAAUGAAUACUUAUGCAUUUAGUUAUUUGAUUUCAUAUAUCAAUGACCUUUGAGUUUCCUUGAAGACUCCACAAGUCAUAUAUAUAUAUAUAUAUAUAUAU